ACCAAAAAAAUUGCAUUUGUGCAAAAACAUCAACAAAAACUAUUUUUAUUUUAUUAAAUUAUUAAAAAAGGAUAAAUUAAAUAAAUAUGCCUAUGCCCAGCAGUGCAUUUGGUCAGCAAGGACCCACAUGUUUUGAGAAAAUGAAAACUGGCUUUACCAUUGGCUUUUGUGUGGGCAUGGCCAGUGGUGCUCUAUUUGGUGGAUUUUCUGCUUUAAGAUACGGUUUGAGAGGCCGGGAAUUGAUUAACAAUGUUGGCAAAGUUAUGUUGCAAGGUGGCGGCACUUUUGGCACCUUUAUGGCCAUUGGUACUGGCAUACGUUGUUAAAUUAGUUGUGGUCUGAUAGUAAGCAGAUAUUUACCACAUUUUGGCAAGAUUUUCUUUAGCGUUUAAUUCAAAAAUUUCCCUCUUAGUAGCAACUACUUGUUAAGUUUACUUAUUAAUUACAAAUUAUAACAUUAUUAUAAAACAAAACUAAAAUAAAUGACAAAAUCUGAAAUCA